AUGCUUUUCUGCAGGACUUUUGCGAUCAUCUCACAUCCAGACGCGGGUAAGACCACGCUCACUGAGAAGCUGCUGCUCUAUGGAGGUGCAGUCCAAGAAGCAGGAGCUGUAAAGGCCAAGGGAGAGCGCAGGAGAGCAACUUCAGACUGGAUGAAGAUCGAGCAAGAGAGAGGAAUCUCCAUCUCGUCCACAGCCCUUCAGUUUGAGUACAAGGGGAUGCAGAUGAACCUUCUCGAUACUCCAGGGCACGAAGACUUCUCGGAGGACACUUACAGGACGAUAGCAGCUGCUGACAACGCUGUCAUGCUUCUUGACGGUGCCAAGGGCCUCGAGGCGCAGACGCUGAAGCUCUUCGACGUGGUCAAGCUGAGGAAGCUUCCUCUCUUCACCUUCAUCAACAAGAUGGACCGUCCCUCCCUCGAGCCCCUCGAGCUCCUCGAUACCAUCGAGAAGACCCUGGGAGUCGUUCCCUGCCCCAUGACCUGGCCAAUUGGUUCUGGCGAUCGCUUUCAGGGCGUGUAUGACAGACAGAAGAAGAAGAUUUACCUGUUCGAGCGAGUAAGCGGAGGAGGAAAGAAGGCGUCUGAGGUGCAAAUCGACGACUUGAACGACCCCAAGCUCAGCGGGCUGAUCCCCGAGGAGCUUUUGGACAAUCUCAGGGAGGAACUGGAGAUCUUGGACGAGAUUGCAGAGCCUUUGGAUAUCAACAAAGUUCUCGAUCAGAAGCAGUCUCCAGUCUGGUUCGGGUCAGGAUACAACAACUUCGGUAUUCAGAACUUCCUGGAGUCAUUCAUGGAGCUGAGCCAAGGCCCGAGAGGACGCGCGAGCACUGACGGGGUGAUCCCUCCUGACUCCUCCGAGUUCAGCGGCUUCGUGUUCAAGCUGCAGGCAAACAUGGAUCCCAAGCAUCGUGAUAGGAUCGCAUUUGUGCGCGUUUGCUCCGGCAAAUUCGAGAAGGACAUGCAGGUUCUGCACACACGCACGGGCAAGACGGUUCGUCUCUCAGCUCCUUCGAAGCUCUUUGCUCAGCGCCGAGAAACUAUCGAGUCAGCAUACGCCGGAGACAUAAUCGGCUUUGUCAACCCUGGCGCCUUCGCCAUCGGCGACACUAUCACGACAGGAAAGAAAAUCCAGUACGAGGGGAUUCCAAGCUUCUCGCCUGAGUUCUUCAACUGGAUCAGAAACCCGAACCCAAGCAAGCAAAAAAACUUCAAGAAGGGCAUCGACCAGUUGAGGGAGGAGGGAGCCGUGCAGGUGCUCUACUCCCUGAGUGACUUUGAGAUCGACCCUGUGCUCGCUGCUGUCGGUCAGCUCCAGUUCGAAGUUGUCGAGAGCCGCAUGCUCACUGAGUACGGCGUCGAGACGCGCUACGAACCUCUUCCCUUCCAGGUUGCUCGAUGGGUCAAGGGAGGUUGGCCGGUCGCCGACAAGCUGAAGGGAGUCUUGUUCAACGCGCAAAUCUUCAAGGACGCACAGGAGCGACCGGUAAUUCUCUUCAAGAAUCAGUGGGCAGUCGACAACUUCCAGGAGAAGUUUGCAGAUGUCGAGCUUCUCAACGUAGCUCCGUUGUAAAGAUGAUUGAAAUUAGUUUAUUUCGUUCGCA